AACGUGUACUUUUACGCUGAAUCCGUCACAUGUGGCUCAGGAUUCCCGGAAGCGUAUUUCCGAAACAUGUGGCGCACAGCCAGCGCGGCCUUCCUCCUCGCACAUCGGUUUCACCGGAACCUCACGUGCUUCGAGUCAUCCUGUACCAGCUCGAUGCAUAUAAGUACUGGGGGACGUGCAAGGGACCCUCAAUCACAUCGAUUGUUUCAACAGCAACUCAAUCGGAAGCUUUGUCACCAUGUCCUGCCUUCGUACCAUCUUCCUUUUCGCUCUCAUCUUUGGUGCCGUGGCUCUUCUGGCUGAAGCUGCGCCAGAGCCUCUGCCGGAACCAGAAGGGGGAGCCUUCCGCAUACGCCGUCAAAUCUGCAAGAUCGAGAAAGAGUGCGACAAACAGUGCGGGGAAAAACAACCAAUUUGCUUUGGCACGACCUGCAAGUGCAUUUAAUAAAUAGCCCCAGGUGAAAGAAAGUGAUUUUAAACCAAAAAUGGCUGUGCAUUUGGGGUGUGUCAUCGCAUAACUACGAUCCUCUGUCCUCAGAUGACGUCACACAUGGCAUACCGGGACACGUUGAAAGGAAUAAUUAUCUGUAGCCAAGACUUGUACUUUCCUAAAUAUUUGUUAUUCUUUCAUUUAUGGUGACGCGGUGUAUCCAAUAAAAGGUGUGUUUAGC